UACCACACACAAGCUUUCGUGUAGCUUAUGCAUAUAGAGAAAGAACGUUACUUCGUUUUGUUGCUUCUUGGAUUGUUUGUUAAUUUAGGUAUAACAUCUCCAUUAAAACCGGCAAAAUGUCAGAUAUUAGUAAAGAAGAGUUGAAAAAGGAAAUCGCGGCCGUUUUAAAAGACGCCGAUCUAGGCUCCAUCACAUCUAAAAAAGUGAGACAAGAAAUCGAAAAGAAGCUCGACAUCGACCUCGCUUCUAGGAGAAAAGAAGUAGACGAAUUAGUUAUGGAAUUUAUCGACAGCGACAAAAGCAAGAGUAAGAAAAACGGUAACGCUGAAGAUGACGACGACGAAGACGAUGAUGACAACGAAGAAGACGAGGAAGAUGAAGAAGAGGAAGAAGAGAAAAAACCGAAACGAAGUGCCCCGAAGAAAGCAGCUCCGGCUAAACGUAAGGCCGCCUCUAGCGAUGAAAGUGAAGAAGCCUCUGACGAUGAAGGUGACGACGAAUACUCCCCGAAAAAGAAAUCUGCCAAGAAAGGUGCUGCUAAACGUGGUGCUGGUGGUAGAAAGAAGAAGGGUGGCUCUGAUGAUGACAGCGAUGAAGAUUGGGGUAAAGGUAAAAAGAAAGGACGUGCUUCUGCAGCCAAGAAAGCUCCCGGCGCUAAACGAGGUGGCGGUGGAUACACCAGACCGGUCAAUUUAAGUCCCGAAUUAGCUGCUCUCGUUGGUGAAGAUCAGAUGCCCCGGCAUGAGGUUGUUAAAAGAAUAUGGGCUAUUAUUAAAGAACGUAAUCUUUAUGAUCCUAAAAAUAAACAAUUCGCUAUUUGUGAUGAUGACCUUCUUAAAGUUAUCGGAGUCAAGCGUUUCCGUACGUUCGGAAUGAUGAAAUUUUUGAAGAAUCAUUUUGUAGAUUAAGUUGUUCAUUCGAUUUCCGUGUCCGCUAGUAUUUUUUUUCCUGACUGUGCUGUACUUUAGACAUUAUUUUUGACCUAACAACUGGGUUGUUAAUUUUUUUUCACCGUUGUUUCUUUGUUGUGUAAAAUUAUGAUGACUAGUGUCUUUAUUGUCGCUUCGGGUAUUUUUACCUACCUUCUACUGGUUUUGUAAACUUUUGGAAAUACUUUUCAAAAUAGUGUAAAAUAACUCGUAAAAACGUUCACACGGUCAUUAUUGGGUUGGAUAAUAUGAGUUUUUCUCUUUAUUUUGUGUAUCAUGUUUUAACUUACGCUAUUGAAUUGUUUAGCGCUUUUAUUGUUUAACUUAUUAUUUAUAGAAAAAAUUGAAGUAAGAGAUAAUCGUAAGGUCGUAUAGUGUGAAUCAUUCUUGCACUGGCGUUUUAAUUCCUUUUCUCUUUUUUUUAUAUACAUAUUAUAAGUUGAGCAGUAUGCAUUUUUACAUUUUAAGUUUUAAUUUCAAAUGAAGCAAACUUUUAAUAUUACUUUGAAGUGUAUUUUUAGUCAGGAGUAUUUCUUCUCAAUACAAAUAUUUAUGUACGGAUAAA